AUGUCUGUGUCGAAACCGCGCCCGUCGCUUUCUGCAAACUCUUCUUCUUGCGGCAGCGCUGCGACAACACUAUCCUACAGGAACAAAGUGCGAAACCUGACCACGUCCGCCGACUCGACGGGAAAGAACAACUUCGGUGCUUUGUACGCGUUGGCCUGUGUCAAGUACAGCACCCGUUUGUCGCAUUGUGUGAAGAUUAGCGAUAAGAAAAAUUCGGUCGAGAUCACGGGCGACCGCAUGAAGGCCGACGACUGGCAAGCAGCCAUGGAAGCUCUGAGCAACGACACGGUCACUCAUCACGUGCUCAUCAAGAACAGACGACACCCGGACAUCAUCGCCAGGAGUUACGACACGCUUUCCAGCGCGUUGUCUGUGCCCAAAAAUACCUCAGCGUCGAGCACGCUCUACGUUGUCAACACCAUCGCCGGGUGUCUGUGCGAAAUGCUAUCGAAAUCGCACGCACUGCUCUGCUUGGAAGUGGAAAACAUCAUGUUCGACUGCCACGCCCUGAAACGUCUGUUGACGGGCAUUUCGGCCAACAGCACGCUGCAGCACUUGUCCCUGGCCUACUGCCGCCUUGGCGACGACGAUUGCGUGUCCCUGUGCAGGACACUCCGGGACAAACCCAACGUCCGUUCGCUGGACCUGACGGGAUGCGCGCUGAGCCCGUUUGCCGGCAAAAACGGCGUGGUCGACCUGAUCAAAAAGCAGCAAGUCCGGCGGCACGAGGAGUGUUGGGUGCACUCGCUGCGGUCCAGGUCGGCCAACCCGGACGCGAUGCAAGGCUUGCGCAGAUUAACGUUGAACAACAACCCCACGUUGGGCGACAACGGCGUUGCCGACCUGCUGGAAUCGCUGAAGGACGACUUCUACGUUAAGGCGGUGGACGUGCAAAACUGCGGGCUGACCGACCGCGGUGCUCAGCUGGCGCUGUCCACGCUGAUGGUCAACAACACACUGGUGGUGUUGGACUUGCGGAGAAACCCAAACGUUUCCGGGUCCAUGUUGGACACGAUCAUGACAAGACUGUACGAAAACAACACCGACGUCGAAGAAACGAAAAGAUGGAAAUGGACAAAACUAAGAAAAGACAACGCGUUCAAGUCCACGAGUUCCUCGAUUCGUUAA